CAUUUUUCAGCACUAUUUUAUCUUUUGGCAAUAGACUAUUAACAGCAAUUUUGGCAACAGUCUAAGAUAAAACAGUAGUGGUGUAAACGGAAAGUAGUCCGAAUUGUAUCUAUUUUAAGUCUAAAAAACUACGUAAUUUAUUGCUAUUAUUUUGACUGAAAAUGUUGUCCUCCGACGAAGUUGCCUGCGUUUACUCUGCCCUCAUCUUACAGGAUGAUGAUAUUGCAAUUACAGCUGAAAAAAUUAACACUAUCUUGAAAGCUGCUGGAGUAGAUGUAGAACCAUAUUGGCCAACUUUGUUUGCUAAAGCCUUGGAAGGAGUUGAUUUGAGGCAGUUAAUAACUAAUGUUGGUGCUGGAGUAGGGGGAGCAGGUGGAGCUCCUGGUGUUACUACUGGUGCACCAGCAGCAGCAGGAGAAACAGCUGCAGCUAAAGAAGAACCAAAGAAAGAAGAAAAGAAAGAGGAAAGCGAAGAAUCAGAUGAAGACAUGGGUUUUGGUUUGUUCGACUAAUUUUUUUAUAUUUUUGCACAUCCAUCUGUAACAUCACAGUUGUUGAAAUGCUUGUAGCAUGAAGAGACUAUCAUUUGUAUUAUAUUCCAGUAUUAUUCUGAACAAAGAUUGAAAAUUCAAAUUGAAUUCAUUUUGAUUUCUAAUUACUUCAUUUUGUUAAAAAAAAAAAAAAUUCAGUUCUAGUCUUUUUAUUAAAUAAAAUUUUCUAAGUCAA